CCAACUCACAGGGAUUCUCCACGUCUAUAUUCGGGACCCACUGCUUUACCAUCCUGAUCGUAACUCCAAUUUCAUCUGAUUGGUAGGCCCCAUACCAAAUUUUCAUACAUAUCUCACGGCCUCACGCAACGUCAGCUAAUAUCAGGCCCCACAAUUCACUCUCCGUUUUAAAUAGCCCCACCUUUACGUUGUGGGGUCAAUCGAAUCCUUAAAAAAAAAAAAAAUAAACCCUCACUUCCUCUUCUCUCUGUCUCUUCUGCUCUUGAUCUUUCGAACCCUAAAUUUUCUCCUCCAUUUUUAUUUCUCUGUUUUGUUUUAAAUCCUAAAUGGACUCAGACAUCGCACUUCACACCCAGAAAAAUCCUAAUCUUACCACCACCACUACUACUGUUGCGAACAGUUCACCACCGAAGAAUCAACUGGCCAACCCACGAAAACGUGCCCUUUCGACCACUGCUUCAAAAGACCGUCACACCAAGGUCAACGGCCGGGGCCGUCGUGUGCGGAUGCCGGCUCUCUGUGCUGCCAGGAUCUUCCAGCUGACUCGAGAACUCGGCCACCGUUCCGACGGGGAGACCAUCGAAUGGCUCCUACGCCAAGCGGAGCCCUCCAUCAUAGCCGCGACGGGAACCGGCACCGUUCCCGCCAUUUCCGUGUCGUCUUCCACGGCGGGGCCCGUUCCUCUCUCAUCGUCGGCGUCGUCGGUGUCGUGCCGGGUUCAACCAGUGAGCAGUGGACCCCCGGGGAUGUUCGUGACGACCCAACCGCCGAGCUGCCGGCUGGACUUGUGCCAACCUUUGGGAUUACAGUAUGCGGGAAGUGUGUAUCGGCACAUGCCGUUCACGGCUCUUCUGUUGCAGCCUGCUGCGGCGGCGUCCACGGAGGAGGAAGCGGAGGAGAGAAGACGGGAAGAAGAGAUAAUCGGAGAACGUCAAUAAAUAGCCUUUAUAGAAAAGUAGGUGUAGUUUGCAGAUAAACAAUAACAUCGGUUUUUCGCUUUUUAGGUUUAGUGCAGUUGUCUUCUUCAUCUAUUGUUCAGUCUAUCGUUCUGGUUCUCCUCUUAUAAAGGUUUUUGUAGGAAGAAAGAUGUAAAUUUCAAUUGCACUGAAUAUCAGAUGGGUUCCUUCAUAGAUGAAUAAUUUGAAACUUGAGGUGAA